AUGGAAUUAUUAUUCGAGGCCAUCGGCACAAAAGUACUAGACGUGGCUGGAGGUACGGGGGACAUAGCAUUCAGAAUACUCGAUCAUGCCGCCGAGACGGCGGGAUCAGGUUCAAUUGAGGCGCAGAUGUCCCCACUACCGCAAGUGGUGGUGUGUGAUAUCAACACGAGCAUGCUGAGAGUGGGCACACAGCGUGCGCUAGACAGAGGUUACACAUCAGAUAACCUCAACUGGGUGGCCGGCAAUGCAGAGAAACUGCCUUUCGAGGACAAUACGUUUGACGCAUACACCAUUGCCUUUGGUAUCCGCAAUGUCACGCACAUUGACCAAGCUCUGAAAGAGGCGUACAGAGUGCUAAAGCGUGGAGGUCGAUUCAUGUGUCUGGAGUUCAGCCAUGUAGAGAACCCCAUCGUCAGCACAUUCUAUGACCGGUUUUCCUUUGACAUCAUUCCCACCAUGGGUCAGAUAGUGGCCAACGACAGAGAUUCGUACCAGUACUUGGUAGAGAGUAUAAGGAAAUUCCCCAACCAGGAGAAGUUCGCCGGGAUGAUCAAGGACGCUGGCUUCAGCAAUGUGACUCAUGAGGAUCUGACUUUUGGCGUUGCCGCGGUGCAUUCAGGAUUUAAGUUGUAAAUAAAAUGACCAUAGUUCCGAAGUGCAGAUGUACUACAUAGUAUAAAACGGUUGUGCUUGAUAUAUAGUCUAUUUAGAAAUUAAAGAGCGAAUUGUUCCUGACUUGCAUUAUAACUGUAAAGCCGAUUUAAACGGGUAUUGUAGUAGUCGGUGACUUUACUGUUCAACAGCAAUCUAGAAUGCCAACCAAAUUGUAAGUUCUAUCCACCGCAGG